UUGACCACCACCACCACCACCUCGUCCACCUUUCGCUUCUCAUUUGCAGUCGCGUCUCCUUAACUGUGUCAUUGUUAUCAUGGACGCUCGUCUCCGCCGUGUAAACAAGGAAAUUGCUGAUUGUAAGAAUGACAAGUCGUCGAAGAUCGACCUCGAACUCGUCGAUAAUUCUCCCUUUCAUCUCAUCGGCUCGUUCGAUGGACCAGAAGAUACGCCAUAUCAGGGUGGACACUUCCAAGUGGACAUCGUGAUCCCAGAUUCAUAUCCAUUUCAACCGGUGAAGAUGAAGUUCAUCACGAAAGUCUACCACCCGAACGUCUCGUCUGCAUCCGGUGCUAUCUGUCUUGACAUCCUGAAAGACGCCUGGUCUCCCGUCCUUACCCUCAAAUCAACCCUCAUCUCCCUCCAAUCGCUGCUAUGCUCUCCUGAACCUAACGACCCCCAGGACGCAGAGGUCGCGAAGCACUACAUGACGAGUCGGAGCUCGUUCGAAGACACUGCGAGAUAUUGGACGCAAGUGUAUGCUGGUGGUGGAGGCGGAAGGAAUGUGAACAUCGGGGAAUUGACUGGUGGAAAAAGUGGCCGGGAUGAGAUUGCGAUCGCCGGAUUGGAGAAGGCUCAUGUGGACCAGUUUGAGAGUCUCGGGUUCGAGAGGAGUAAAGUGAUUGAUGUCCUUCGGAGACUGAACUACCGUGGUGCGAAUGUUGCGAAGAUUCACGAAGACCGGGUAGUGGACGAGUUGAUCAAACAAUAGACGGCAUCAUGUUAACGGUUUCCCGGCUGCAGUAUCCCUCGCUUUCGAUGCCAUCGCAGUCUGUUCUUAUUAGUGUUGUAAUCCAUUUUUUCUCUCCCGUCGAACCCGAGAUCUUAUCGUUGAGUUGGGCUCGGCUGCCUCAUUCUCUGAUACGCGCUUUCAUAGUUGCGCAUGAGCAAGCUCAUGUGCCCCUUCCAUACUUCUGCCACGCUCUUCCUGCCCAAAAU